AUGAAUAAGUUGGCAAACAUGCGUCACUGGUCGGAAAGAAUGACACCCAAUUUCGGAAUGGGCCGUCCCAAUCCCAAUAUGCCCAUGAAUGCCCUCAACCACCCCAAGAACGCCGCCCAACCCGGUCAGCCCAUCGCCUCCCCUCAAGCCGCCGAUGCCACGAUCCACUACUCGUUCAACGUCCCAUUCGCUUCCGAUCUUGCGGGCCCCGACACCGAGGACAUUCUUCACGCGACCACUGACGCCGUCUUGCGAUGGACGCACCCCGAGGACGCGCCGGACGACGUCCAGAUUCACGAGCUGCCCGUCCAUGGACAGAACCUGAACAACCUCCGAAGGCUGUGCCGCGACCUCUCCAACGGGCCCUUACCCAUCGAGGCUCAUGUCCUUUCGACCACGCCCAAGAACGGCAAGGGCCAGCAGGUCACCACCGUCUGUCUCUCGGGCUCUCCAGAGCUGGUCCACAAGAGCCGAGAGACCAUUUUGAAUGAUACCCCCAUUUCUCUCCGUUGCACCACAAUUGAUGUUGAUGGUCAACUCGUUUGCGAUCUCAAUGCUGGAGUGCUCAAGAAGCCCGUUACCGAUACCCUGGAUUACAUCUCGAGCUACUGCGGCGUCGACAUCUUCCUUCUCGGCCCCAAGCUCACCCCUGUCGUGGAUGGCAUGACUGGUGAUUCCGAAUUGCGGAUGGAUCAGCGAUGGAGAGUUGCCAUCUACGGCGACAUCUUGUCGUCAGAGCAUGCCAAAGCUCGGGUCCUGAUUCACAUCGAUACGCUGCUUGGCCGUAUUGUCGAUGGAACCAAGCUUGAAUUGUCCUGCCACCAGCUCGUCUGUGGACGUCACCGCAAAAACAUCAAACUCAUCGAGUCGUCCACCGGGACCGCCAUCUACUUCCCGCCUCCGUUCUCGCAAAUGUACCGCUACUGUCCCCCCAACGCUACUCGCCGUGAUCCCUCGGAUGUCUUCAUCACCGGUGAAACUCCCCAGGCGAUCGAGCUCGCCAAGCAGAAGCUCCAUGAGACGGUCCAGCGGAUCAGGCUCUACGUUAAGGACGUGACCAUCCCUGCCGCUAAGAUUGACAGCAUUCUGCUUGGCCGUUUGGACAAGGUCCGCAAGAUCCUCGAGGCUAACGGUACCUACAUCAUGUUCCCCCCUCUGGCAAGCCAGCGGAACAUGGUGAGAGUCCAAGGCAGCGAGGGUCUGCACGUAGAGCGAACUGUUAGGGAAAUCAUGUCCCUGGCUGGCCAGUUCUACAGCGCCGGGUGGUACAUGCAACAUCCCGAGGCUAGGCAGCUUCCCAACCCAGCUGACAUCAGGGCUAUGCUUGUUGAUAUUUGCGCCAAUUCGGAUGCCGAUCUCUCGUUUGACAAACUGAACUUUGCCAUCACUGGCUCUGAUGAUGCUGUCAAGUCUGCCCUCGAGGUUAUCUCGGACAUCAAGUUUGUUGCGCAGGCUCAGUAUCAGAUCCGUGUCAAGAUUGAGCUUGCCAAUGAGCACAAGGAGUUCGUCAGUGGCAAGAAGAACGGCAAGAUCAACAAGAUCAUGGGGCAGAGUAAUGUCCAGAUCAUCUUCGACGGCUUCAAUGAGUACAACUUCAACAUUGAUGUCAUGGCGGCAAGCUACGAUUCCAUGAAGCAGGGUCUGACGCUGGUCGAGCAGGAGAUGCCCGCAUCCAUCUCGUUCCACGUUCCUGAUCAGUACCACAAGCGCAUCAUUGGCAUUGGUGGACAGCACAUUCAGCGAAUUAUGAAGAAGCACUCGGUCUUCGUCAAAUUCUCCAACGCCAUGGACAGAGGUGGUAUGGGACGAGAGGACGACGACAUUAAAGUGGAUAAUGUUAUCUGCCGCACCCCAGCUCGCAACGCACAGAACCUCGACGCUGUCAAGAACGAGAUCCUGGAGAUGGUUGACCGCGCUGACUCCGAGUAUACCUCUCAGAUCGUCAGUGUUGAUCGACUCUAUCAUCGCCAGCUCAUUGCUAGGCUUCCGGAGAUUGACGAGCUCGAGCAGAAGUACAACUGCAAGAUCAACUUCCCCAGCACCGAGCAGGCCAGCGACGAGGUGACGGUGAAUGGCCCUCAGUGGCAGGUUCCCCACUGCGUUGACGAGUUCUUGGGCAUGGUGCCUGACAAGCAUGAACUCGUUCUUGCUAGAAGCCCUGAGCUGAUCAAGUUUCUCGAGUCUCCCGAGUUUGCCCAUGACCUUGUGCCCAAGCUGAAAAGCCAGCACGAGGUUGAGCUUACCAUCCACCAGAACCCUGAUGAGCUCGCUGAGGAUGGAUCUCCUACAGUCACUUUGCUUUGGGGUUUUACCCGCAACAAUGCUGGUGGUCUCCGCGAUGCCAUGGACUUUAUCCAAUCCCAGUUCGCGACUUCUGGGGCUGAGGUGAACAUCGUCAAGGGCGCUCUCCCUCGCCCCAAGUCGGACUCAUUCGAGGACUCUCUUCAGUACUUUGACUCUAAGCUUCUUCAGCAUGCUCCGGCCCCUGUUGCUACUGACUCCCCCGUCAAGGCUGGCUUCGGUGAUGACGUCGCCCGCGAACGAAGCAGCAUCCUCGACCGUCUCCGAAAGCCCGGCAGCAUGACGUCGAUCUCUUCCUUCUUGGAUCGCAGAAAGAACAGCUCGCACUCGGCCAACAAUUUCUUCAAGGGCUCCAGCAACGUGUCCAAGUCUUCGCUCAUCUCAAUCGAGUCGACCCGCAGCUUCAACGCUGAUCGAAACCCCUGGAACGACAGCGGCGUGAACCUUCCAGACGACGACAACCCGUGGGCGCCACGACCCUACAGCACCCACAUCGACAACAAGCUGUCGAUUCCUCAGCCCGGCGACAUCACGCCUCGCCACAGCACCCGCGCGUCCGGCGACAGCGGGCGCCCUUCCACAUCUCAUUCUAUGAAUUCAGGAUACCCCGCCCCUAUUGGGCCUUUCCGUUAG